UCGUUCAAUCUAAUCUCGCGGCCGCCCCGUUCUCUCCUGGCGGCGAUGGCGAAACCUCCUCCAUCCGCGGCGGCGUCGGCCGCCGGCGGCCGCGGCCCUGCCCACCACCGGACCCGCCUCCUCCUCCUGCUCCUCGUAGCCGUGGCUGCCUCCGCCUUCACCGCUGGUUAUGUCCUCCGCGGCGGCCCUGUCGGCCCAUGCGAUACCCGAGGGGAUCCUGUAGACGUCGUUGCCGCCCGAGCUGGCGGUGCUGCCUCGAGCCCCCUCGGGUUCAUGAAGUCCAAGCUCGUGCUGCUUGUCUCCCACGAACUCUCCCUCUCCGGUGGACCGUUAUUACUGAUGGAGUUGGCGUUUCUUCUUCGGCAGGUUGGUUGCCAAGUGGUAUGGAUAACAAACCAGCGACCCGAAGGAACAAAAGAUGUUUCAUAUAGCUUGGAGCAUAAGAUGUUGAACCAUGGAGUGCAGGUUUUACCUGCUAGGGGACAGGAGGCAGUUGAGACUGCUCUUAAGGCUGACCUGGUUAUCUUGAACACCGCUGUUGCUGGCAAGUGGCUUGAUGCUGUUCUAAAAGAUAAUGUUCCUCAAGUCCUUCCGAAGAUUUUGUGGUGGAUCCAUGAAAUGCGAGGACAUUACUUUAAGCUUGAGUAUGUGAAACAUCUUCCUUUGGUUGCUGGAGCCAUGAUCGAUUCUCACAUAACAGUUGAAUAUUGGAAGACCAGGACUCAUGACCGUCUAAAUAUACAGAUGCCACAAACUUUUGCUGUUCACCUCGGGAAUAGUAAAGAGUUAACAGAAGUUGCCGAAGAUAAUGUCGCAAGAAGAGUCUUACGUGAACAUAUACGCGAGUCCCUUGGAGUUAGGAGUGAAGAUCUCCUAUUUGCUAUGAUAAACAGUGUUUCACGGGGAAAAGGACAAGACUUAUUUCUUCAAGCAUUUCAUCAGAGCCUGCAACUCAUCCAACAUCAGAAGUUAAAAGCGCCUAAAGUGCAUGCUGUAGUUGUCGGAAGUGAUAUGAGUGCUCAGACGAAGUAUGAGACACAGUUACGUGAUUUUGUGGCGAAGAAUGGGAUCCAUGACAGUGUUCACUUUAUAAACAAGACGUUGGCAGUGGCACCUUAUUUGGCUGCAAUUGAUGUGCUUGUCCAGAACUCUCAGGCCCGUGGAGAAUGUUUUGGAAGGAUAACGAUAGAAGCAAUGGCGUUCAAGUUGCCAGUGCUGGGCACGGCUGCCGGAGGGACCACCGAAAUCGUCUUGGAUGGUUCAACUGGCCUUCUGCACCCUGCUGGAAAGGAGGGCGUCACGCCUCUCGCCAAGAACAUGGUAAGGCUUGCGAGCCAUGUUGAGCAGAGGGUCUCCAUGGGAAACAAGGGCUAUGCCAGGGUGAAGGAGAGGUUCAUGGAGCACCACAUGGCCGAACGCAUUGCUGUGGUGCUGAAGGAAGUUCUACACAAGUCUCAGCAGCAUCCUCAUUCCUGAGUUUCCUCUCAUGGUGUCCUAGAGCAUCGUCGGUUUCUGGCGCUAACAUGUACUAGAUCCAAAUUUUUAACAAGUUACUGAUGUUUCGGUUCACGGGUCUGUUGAAGAUUUCAGCUGAAUUCUGAGGAAGGUUGUAUAGGAGCAACCCAAGCACCUAGACAGCAACGCAGACCUAAAAUGGUGUGCUUAAACGUGUUCCUCCGGGCAUGUAUGGCAGAGGAAGCGACAAGACGUAGAUCGAAAGAGGUACUGCAGCAGAAGCAGAAAUUAGAAGGUUAGUGAUGAAUAGGACCGGGCAAACAGAAGAAUCAUGCCCAAUUGUGUAUUUGUACGCAUGUGCCAAGGGCCAGGCCCCCCAGGUGCUGCUUAUUACUAGUAUGAAAUGAUUUGCACGCCAAACUAAAUGUUUCAAUCUUCAAACA